UGCGGCCCAAAGUUUUUCUUUUGGUUUCCGGUGUCCCCGCGAUGGCGACGCUGGAUUCGGUGGCUCUCUUCACUGGCCUCGGCCUGAGUGAGCACAAGGCCCGUGAGACGCUCAAGAACGCGGCUCUGAGCACGCAGCUGCGGGAGGCGGCCAUCCAGGCGCAGCACACUCUGGGCUCUACCAUCGACAAGGCUACCGGGACCCUGCUCUAUGGCCUGGCCUCCCGACUCCGGGAUUCCCGGCGUCUUUCCUUCCUCGUCAGCUACAUAGCCAGUAAAAAGAUCCACACCGAGCUGCAGCUGAGCGCUGCCCUUGAAUAUGUGCGGAGUCACCCCCUGGACCCUAUUGAUACUGUGGACUUCGAGCAGGAAUGUGGUGUGGGUAUCCUGGUGACACCAGAGCAGAUUGAGGAGGCUGUGGAGGCCACCAUAAAUAGGCACCGGCCCCAGCUUCUGGUGGAGCGGUACCAUUUCAACAUGGGGUUGCUGAUGGGAGAGGCUCGGGCUGCACUCAAAUGGGCAGAUGGCAAAAUGAUCAAGCAUGAAGUGGAUAUGCAGGUCCUCCACCUUUUGGGUCCCAAGACAGAAGCUGAUCUGGAAAAGAAACCCAAGGUGGCAAAGGCUCGGCUUGAAGAAACAGAGCGAAAGACAACAAAAGAUGUGGUGGAGAAUGGUGAGGCUCAGACCCUUUCUCUGAUGGAACAGCUCCGGGGGGAGGCACUGAAAUUCCACAAACCUGGUGAGAACUUCAAGACUCCAGGCUAUGUGACAACUCCGCACACCAUGGAUCUACUGAAGCAGCACCUGGAGAUCACUGGGGGACAGGUACGUACCCGGUUCCCCCCAGAACCCAAUGGAAUCCUGCACAUUGGACAUGCCAAAGCCAUCAAUUUCAACUUUGGUUAUGCCAAGGCCAACAACGGUAUCUGCUUUCUACGCUUUGAUGACACCAAUCCUGAGAAGGAGGAAGCAAAGUUCUUCACUGCUAUUCAUGACAUGGUGACCUGGCUGGGUUACACACCUUACAAAGUGACAUAUGCUUCUGACUAUUUCGACCAGCUGUAUGCCUGGGCUGUGGAACUUAUCCGCAGGGGUCAGGCAUAUGUGUGCCACCAACGAGGGGAGGAGCUCAAAGGCCACAACUCCCUGCCCUCACCAUGGAGGGAUCGACCCAUUGAAGAAUCUCUGCUCCUCUUUGAGGCAAUGCGCAAGGGCAAGUUUUCAGAGGGUGAGGCCACACUACGGAUGAAGUUGGUGAUGGAGGAUGGCAAAAUGGACCCUGUGGCCUAUCGAGUCAAGUACACACCACACCAUCGCACAGGGGACAAAUGGUGUAUCUACCCCACCUACGACUACACACACUGCCUCUGUGACUCCAUUGAGCACAUCACUCACUCACUGUGCACCAAGGAAUUCCAGGCUCGACGGUCUUCCUACUUCUGGCUGUGUAAUGCGCUGGAUGUCUAUUGCCCUGUGCAGUGGGAGUAUGGCCGCCUUAACUUGCACUAUGCCGUUGUGUCUAAGAGGAAGAUCCUCCAGCUUGUAGCAGCUGGUGCUGUGCGGGACUGGGACGAUCCGCGGCUCUUCACCCUUACUGCCCUGCGACGACGGGGUUUCCCGCCUGAGGCCAUCAACAAUUUCUGUGCCCGGGUGGGGGUGACAGUGGCACAGACCACAAUGGAGCCACAUCUUCUGGAAGCCUGUGUGCGUGAUGUGCUAAAUGACACAGCUCCACGGGCCAUGGCUGUACUAGAACCCCUACAGGUCAUAAUCACCAACUUUCCUGCUGGCAAGCCUUUGGACAUCCAGGUGCCCAACUUCCCUGCUGAUGAGACCAAGGGCUUUCACCAGGUUCCUUUUGCAUCUACUGUCUUCAUUGAGAAGACUGACUUUAAGGAGGAGCCAGAACCUGGAUAUAAGCGUUUGGCACGGGGCCAGCCUGUGGGUCUGAGGCAUACAGGCUAUGUCAUUGAAUUGCAGCAAGUUGUCAAGGGCCCCAGUGGCUGUGUCGAGUGCUUGGAGGUGACCUGCAGGAGAGCUGAUGCUGGAGAGAAACCCAAGGCCUUUAUUCAUUGGGUAUCACAGCCUCUGGGGUGUGAGAUUCGUCUCUAUGAACGACUAUUCCAGCACAAGAACCCUGAAGAUCCUGCUGAGGUGCCUGGUGGAUUCCUAAGUGACCUGAACCCGGCUUCGUUGCAAGUUGUGGAAGCAGCAGUAGUGGACUGCUCUGUGGCUCUGGCAAAACCCUUCGACAAGUUCCAGUUUGAGCGCCUGGGGUACUUCUCUGUGGAUCCAGACAGCCGUGAAGGACAGCUUGUCUUUAACCGAACUGUCACACUGAAAGAAGACCCAGGAAAAGUAUGAAGCGGAAACGUGAACCUACCUCAUUCCGGAGGCUGGGGUGCUCUCACCAUCCCAUACUCCAUGGCAAUAAAGAAUAACUAAAUCUUA